AUGGGCGCAGAAAAGGUGAAGAUCAUCGGCGAUUCGAACCUGGUACUAAGUCAAUUGCAAGGAAGCUUUGCGGUGAAGGAAGCACCCUUGGCACCAUAUCGGACAGCUGCUGAAAGGCUCAUUAAUUCCUUCAAGCAAAUUGUGAUGGAGCACAUUCCAGGAGCCACCAAUAGGUACGCUGAUGCUCUGGCCACAUUGGGAUCGAAGCUCUCAUUUGUGCAAGAACAGCCCAACAUCACCGUGAUAAGGAGAAGCACACCAGUGGUCGAAGCAAUGGCCCAAGGGGACCUGCUGGAAGAGGAUGAUUGGAGAAAGCCACUGAAGAAAAAAUUAGGUGAAGAGAGCAACAUUAAAGACUUGAAAGACUAUACGUCUUCCGGGAGGUGUUCUGACCCGGUGUGUUGGGAUGGCAGAAGCAAGAAGGAGGUUGCAAGAGGUACACGAUGCCACUUGCGGCUUGGAACCAGUAAUCAGCCUGAACCAGAGAUGAAGAAGCAAGCAGCUGAACUACAAUCCGAUUGUCCCACCUGUUCUACGAUACCCUCUACAGAGGAGUCAUUCACUGUUUCAUUUGCAGAAGAUUGGUGGGCUCCAUACUUGGCAUUCUUUGUUGGAGGAACUCUGCCGACCAACCCCAAGCUUGCCUAUAAGCUCAAAAAGACCAUGAAGAGGUAUUUUGUUGAUGGGUCAACUCUCUAUCGGAAGGGGUUUAAUGGUGAGCCAUUAAAAUGCUUGGGAGAAUCAGAGGCACGUCAAGCCAUGCAAGAGAUACAUGCUGGAGAGUGCGGAGAGCACCAAGGAAUGAAGAAGCUUCACCGGCAGCUACUAAGCAUUGGGUAUUAUUGGCCUACCAUGAAGAAGGAUGCACAUGACUUUGUUAAGAAAUGCCACACAUGCCAAAUCUAUGCUAAUCUAAGCCACAAACCUCCUACAUUGUUGCAAGACAUGCGCACUCCCUGGCCUUUCCAUACUUGGGGGCUUGAUUUAAUUGGGACAAUCCAUCCCCCUUCCGAUGGCUACAUAUGGAUCCUCACCGCUACGGAGUAUUUCACGAAAUGGGUUGAGGCAAUUCCCCUUCGAAAGGCCACAGGAGCUGCCGUCUCGAAUUUCAUUCGGGAAUACAUUGUGUGUAGGUUCGGAAUCCCAUACAAGAUGGUCACCGACAAUGGCACACCUUUUGUUAACAAGCAAGUGAGUUCAACCCUUAGUGGGUACGGUAUCAAGCAUCGUCGCUCUACGCCUUAUUACCCGCAGGGAAACGGUCAAGCGGAAGCUACCAAUAAGACGAUAUUGAGGAUUCUAAGCAAGAUGGUAUAUGAGUAUCAAGAAGGCUGGAGUGUUCACCUGCCGGAUGCUUUGUGGGCUUAUCGCACCUCACCAAGGAGCGCUACAGGUUUUUCACCUUACUCACUUGUGUACGGAUCUGAGGCUAUUUCACCCGUGGAAAUCACCAUCCCGACAGCCAGGAUAGCAGCUGUCAAUGAUCUUGAAUGGGAUGCAAAGACAUGCUCAGAUUGGCGUUUGCUAGAUCUCGAAGCAGUUGAUGAGAAAAGGAUGGAAGCUGAAAGAAGGAUGGCACUUUACAACAAGACUGUUGCCCAAGCCUAUAACAGGACCGUUAAGCCUCAAGCCUUCAAGCAAGGAGAUCUCGUGCUAAAAGUUGUUGAACAUGUGAGAAGGCAAAUGUCAGGACCUUCCAAAUUUGCCCCACAAUGGGAGGGUCCAUUCGCAGUCAAGGAGGUACACAGCAGCGGUUAUUAUCGCUUGAUCUCUGUCAAGGAAGGCAUGCUAAUGGAUCCCAUCAAUGGAAAAUGGCUCAAGCCCUACUACUGCUAA